UAAAUGGCAGAGGGAAACUUCACCACAAUUACUGAAUUUGUAUUGCUGGGAUUCACAGAUAAUCAGAAUACGAUGUUUGUUCUCUUCACUGUGUUCUUACUGAUUUACUUGUUGAUCCUGGUGGGGAACAUUGGCAUGGUAACAUUAAUCAGGGUUGACUCCAGGCUCCACACUCCCAUGUAUUUUUUCCUCAGCAGCCUGUCACUUUUGGAUAUUGGUUAUUCCACUGUCAUUGCUCCCAGGACACUGAUGACCUUUGUGGCAGAAAGCAAAACUAUUUCCUUCACUGGCUGUGCCCUGCAGUUUUUCUUCUUCUGCAUUGCUGUAUCCUGUGAGUGCUGCCUGCUGGGUGUGAUGGCAUACGAUCGCUUCAUUGCAAUCUGCAACCCACUGUUGUAUACUGCUCUCAUGUCCAAAAAGCUCUGUUAUUUGCUUGUGGCUGGUUCCUAUCUAACAGGUUGUGUGAAUGCAAUUGUCCAGACAUCAUUUAUAUUUAAUCUGUCCUUCUGUAGAUCCAACAUCAUCAACCAUUUCUUCUGUGAUGUGCCCCCUAUCCUAAAGCUCUCCUGCUCAGAUACAGGCGUCACUGAUAUAAUUCAUUUCACCUUCUCGACAGCAAUUGUACCAGUAACUCUCCUGACCAUUCUUGUCUCUUACACAUACAUUCUUGUUGCUAUCCUUCGGAUCAACUCAGCCGAGGGCAGACGAAAAGCCUUCUCCACCUGUGCCUCCCACCUGACGGCUGUCACCGUAUUCUAUGGGACAGCCAUUUUCAUGUAUUUAAGGCCCAGUUCAAAAUAUUCAGUGGAGGAAGACAAAAUCAUCUCUGUCUUUUACACCCUUGCGAUACCUAUGUUGAAUCCACUCAUCUACAGUCUGAGAAAUAAGGAGGUAAAAGAAGCUUUCAAAAGGCUGGUUGGAGGAAAGGUUGUUUCUCAGAGACAGUAA